AUGGCACGUGCUGUCAACCACCACAGGUACAAGGAAAGACCGGCAAAUCCCACUGACCUAUCAUUUGAGAUCAACUAUGACUAUCUACAAUGCAGAGAAUUCAUCAUUGGGGACAUACAGGUACAAGAGGCCAGACACAUCCUGUUCGCCACCCAGGAUCAACUCCGUUUGUUGCUCACUAAACGCUGGUUCAUCGACGGAACAUUUAAGAUUGUUGACGCACCUUUCAACGGCGGACAACUGAUGUCCAUUCACUCUUUCAUGGAAAAAGAUGGUAAUUGCAAACAGGUGCCACUCAUGUUUGCACUCAUGUCAAGACGACGUCGGGACGACUACGUAGCUGUGUUCCGGAAGUUGCUUGACGUCUUAGGCACUGUCCAAGUUGAGGAGUUCAUGCUGGAUUGUGAGCAAGCUGCUUGGUUGGCUGUACGUGAGUGUUUCCCCGGUGCCAUAGUGAAAGGCUGUGUGUUUCACUGGACCAAGGCUGUUUGGGCUCGGGUGAUGGACCUCGGGUUGAAGCCUGCGUAUAUGCAGCGGUCCUCUGCCUUCAACCUCAUUCGCCAGCUGUUGUGCCUGCCAUUCUUACCAGCACAACACAUUCGCUCAACGUUUCUAAAGUUUGCAGAGCACGAAAGGUCACAUCCGGAUCGCGAAAAGAGGAACAGACUGAUGGAUUACAUCUCGCGCCAGUGGCUUGAUCACCCUAUCUUCGAUGUUGACAGUUGGUCCGUGUUCGGUUACCAGAUCCGAACGAAUAACGACGUUGAAGGAUAUCACCAUCGUCUGAACUCGAGAGCUGGUCCCCGCGGUCUGUCAUUUUACAGAUUAGUACCUGUGCUGCUCAGUGAGUGCCAGCAUGCACAGCGGCUCGCAACCCUGAUAGCAUCCGGCAGCAAUGACGGCACAAAUAGAGGCCGUCAGUACAGACACCUCUCCCAAAAAGUAAAGGAUUUAUUUGAAAAAUACUCCGCGGGUGAACUGACGACCACUCACUACCUGCGUGCUUGCGGAAAACUAUACGGACCGCUAGACAUGGAUUAA